AUGCAGGUCUUUAUCUGUCUACUUCUGGUAAGCUUUAUUUCUGCUCAAUACAGUGCUAAUCUAACAAAUUAUGCAAUUAUUGCUGCUACAACCGUUGCGUCAGCGGGAAGUACGUAUGUCAUAGGAGACGUAGCCAUUUCGCCGGGAACAUCGAAUACAGGACUAGUACAAGGUUGGAAUGUCAUUGGCAGCAUACGUAUCACUGAUCCAGCGGCAAUACAAGCUCAACAAGAUUUAAAUAUAGCAUUUAAUGUUCUGGGUAAUCUGACCGCUAGUCCAACUCUAACGGGGACAGAUUUGGCUACGCUGAUAUUGAAUCCAGGUGUUUACAAUUUUACAACGUCAGCCAUUACCCUUACCGGUAAUCUAACAUUAAAUGGUACCGGUCCGUUUGUCUUUCAAAUCAGUACGACAUUCAUAACAUCGAAUAACUGUCACAUUAUCUUACUGAAUGGCGCAACUGCGUCUCAUAUCUAUUUUCAAGUUGGCUCAAGUAUUACAAUCGGAACUGGAUGUAUAAUAAACGGAUUAUUGCUCGCUGGCACAAGUAUAACAGUUAAUGGUGCCACUGUGAAUGGCGGUUUGUAUGCGAAAGAUGCCGCUGUAACAAUAACACAAUCAUCCAUUAUCUUGGCCGUUACACCAUAUUGUUAUAUAGGACCAACGGUCGUAACAGCACCUGAUUAUACCACUUGCAGCACGGUUCAUCAUUCAGCUGGUAGUCAUCGUGUUAACAUUAUCCAUUUCGUUCUUUUAGCUCUUGCUAUAGCUUUUAGUACAAUAACUGUUUGA